AUUACGAUACUAUAUUUCUUGUCGCUCUUCUAAGACCACCACGAGAACGCCCAAUAUUACUUUCCGCACGUGGGGUAUUCACUCCCGUGAUAGGUACGCUGUGCUAACGUCAUUUAAAAGUUCGCGUUCCUUAACAUCAUUAUUUCCACACAGUCGAUUUUUCCACGUUAGAAAAGUGUGUCCAACACUUCCACUUUUGGACUACUACAAUUACCCUAAGAGUUAUUUGAAUUUGUUGCAUUCCCCUCGUUCUUACUUCGGUAAAAAAUUUUCCACGACCACUGCUUAUUUGACGACUAGUAUAGAACUACGCCCCACUUAUCCGAAAAUGGCAGACGAAAACAAGGCUGAAGGCGAAAAGCAGGUGUACCUCGACGAUGAGGGAAAGGAAAUUUCCAAGAAUGCCUACAAGAAGCUCCAAACUCAGAAGAAGAAGGCUGAGGAAGUAUUCUUGUGACACGUUGUGUUUUCCUAAGAUUUUCAAGAUUCGCAUCUUGUUUGCAGAUCUGAAUCGCUAUUCAACAUGCACUAUUUCUUCAUUCUUUCAAACCAUCAAUCUAUCUUUCUUCCCAGCGCAGUAUUAAAUAGAGUGAAGCGCAGUAUUGAAUAGUCCCGUCGACAGUUUCGGAGUACUGAUCUGGGCAAAAUUCCAUUCCAUUUCUUCCCACCCAAACUCAAAAACAAUUUUUACCCAACUGUCGAAUCAAAGGCCGCCGCCAAGGCUGCUAAGAAGGCCGCUGAAGCCGAGUCCGCCGGUCCUUCUCAGAAGAAGGCUGCUGAAGAAGAAGAGAUGGACCCCACUAAGUACCGAGAAAACCGAAUCCGUGCUAUGGAAGCUAUGCAAGACCCCUAUCCCCACAAGUGGCCCGUCACCGCUUCUAUCGAAAGCUUGAUCGUCAAUUAAGGCAAUAUAUUACAGUAAUUCAUCUUCCUAUAAGAAGAAGCAUCGUCUUCUUCUUUGGUCCCCUUUUCUUCAAGGUAAAGAAAACACCUCACUCAAAGAUGCUCUUAUUCAAGAUGAAUAUUUAUACUAGGUAAGGUCUAAGCCAAGCACGGAAAUUUGGAAUCCAGUACUGAAUUGAAGGACGUAGAAGUCACCAUCGCGGGAAGAGUGAUGUCCAAGCGAUCGAGCGGAAAGAACCUGCACUUUUACGAACUUCAUGCGGAUGGAGUGAAGAUCCAAGUGAUGGCCAGAGUGGAUGUUCAUCAGGUUUUUCAGGAACAAAGAUUUUUAUCAAGCGCUCAAAGCACUAAAAUACAAUACAAUUAUCUACUAUAAUACAAUACAAUACAAUACAAUUAAUCUCGCUUUUUUUUUUGUAGUGCGAGCGAGUUCCGAUAAAUCAAAACCUACCUGCGUACUUUCCGCUUGCAGACUGCCUUAAGGGCUAGCCUUUCAAACCGGUUAGUUUUUACCUCUAGCCAUAGGCUUAGCCCUUCAAACAAUCAGUACUACUGUGUCUCAGGGGAUGACCAAUCGCCAUAGCGCAUUUUGUCUCUACAAACCCAAGGUCGGCGACUUCGAAGAGGAACACAAGAAGAUCAAGCAUGGCGAUAUCAUGGGCGCUCGCGGAUAUGUUGGUAAGUCCAAGACAGGCGAACUUUCAGUAUUUCCGUAUGAAGUCAAGUGCCUCUCAGCAUGCCUUCAUAUGCUUCCCCGCAGUCACUACGGGCUGAAGGAUCAGGCGACAAGGUAACAGGAUUAUUUUUACGACGUGAUUCUUAUGAAAAUAACGUAGUAUCACAAUCACUAUCACUUUCUGUGUACUAGGGGCCGAAGACUGAGGUCCCUUCGGAAGGAAUCACUGUCUUCGCUACCGACUCUGUGGAAAACUACAUGAGGACAUUUUUUUACUUCAUAUUCCUUCUUCCCACAGAUACCGUCAGCGUUACCUCGACCUCAUCCUCAACGCUGAGACGCGACGAACGUUCCAGAUCCGAGCCAAGAUUGUCAGCUACAUCCGUAGAUACUUGGACUCCCGAGAUUUCUUGGAAGUUGAGACCCCAAUGAUGACCCAGAUUGUGGGAGGAGCGACCGCCAAGCCAUUUAAGACGCACCACAACGACUUGAACCUCGAUAUGUUCAUGCGAGUGGCACCGGAGUUGAAGUUGAAGGUACUUCUUUCUACCAUUUAAGUUGUCUCUAUUCUACCAUUUGUGUCAAAUUAGGUAGCUAUGAUCUUAAUCUUAAUCUUUCAGAUAACGAACCUACUAAGUUUUUUUCGAUGAAUGGGGUAAAAAUAAAGUUACUCUCUCUCAUCCCAUUCCCAUUCCCAACAUCCUUCAUCUCUUAAAUGCAACAUCUUCACCUCCUCCUCCAUAGGAACUGGUCGUCGGCGGCCUCGACCGGGUGUACGAGAUUGGGCGAAACUUCCGUAACGAAGGCAUCGACCUUACCCACAAUCCGGAGUUCACCGCAUGCGAGUUUUACAUGGCCUACGCCGACUACGAAGAUUUGAUGAAUAUGACGGAAGAACUCGUUAGUGGCAUGGUCAUGUCCAUGCACGGUAGCCACAAGGUGAAGUGGACGCCCAUGAACGCUACGGAGCCAGUCGAAUUGGACUUCUCCCCACCAUGGCCCCGAUACAGCAUGGUUGAAACCAUUGAAAAAAACGCAGGAAGACAAAUCCCGAGAUGCUUUGGUCCAGAGUGCCACAAGGUGUUGGAAGAGAUGGUGGCUAAAAUAGAAAAGGAGAAGGAAGAAGUUUUGGUGGAAGCGCCAAGGACGAUUGCGCGAUUGUUGGAUGGGCUGUGCGGGUAAGGACACAUUCUUGGAAUCCAUUUAUUUUUUGAUUUUAGUUUUAGCUGCUGAUGCGAUUGUAGUUGUAGUUCUGGGGUAGUAGAGGACUUUUACGGUACUAGUAUCUUUCUUCUUAUCAAUAAAAAGGGCUAGGAAAGCUACUCAUCGAUUCAAAAAAAAUCACCAAAUCCGAACCAGCAACGAAACAGCAACAAACCAAACAAACAGCUACUACAUCGAAGACACGAUCACGACUCGACCUGGUUUCAUCACUGAGCAUCCGCAAAUCAUGUCUCCCCUCGCCAAGUACCAUAGGUCUAAGCCUGGCCUCACCGAGCGAUUCGAGCUCUUCAUCAUGACCAAGGAACUGUGUAACGCCUACACAGAGUUGAACAACCCCAUGGUGCAGCGAUCGUGCUUUGAGGGACAGAUGGCCGCUAAGGCUGCUGGCGACGAAGAAGCUCAGGGCUACGACGAAGGCUUCGUCACAGCUCUGGAGUAUGGUUUGCCGCCGACUGGCGGAUGGGGAAUGGGCAUUGACCGAAUGACGAUGUUCAUGAGCGGAAAUAACAACAUCAAGGAAGUGAUCCUGUUCCCGGCGAUGAAGCCGGAAGAGUAAAUACGGACUGUAGUACUCAUCUGAUGAACUUCUGUUUAGGACUUGUACUUCUGCAUGAUCACCAACAAGCCGCGCCCGGAAACGUGAUGGAGUACGACAUGCAGAACUUUUGCAACAACAUGAAGAAAUCAUUCUAGGUCGUGGACGAAUGCAAGGAUCUACUUCAAAGAAAUUUUUACGUAUCUCACCUAAUGAAGAUAAUAAGCUUUCACCUAUAUGAAUAUCAAUGCAAGAAGUUACGCUCAUCCUCAUGUGCAUACGACUCAAGAAAUAUAGCAGUCUUGCUUCCAUACUCGCAAGAACUGCAUGGUUUUGUUACCCAAUAAGAAUGACGACCUGAUCAGACUACUUAGAAGACAUGCUCAUUCGGUCCUCUAUCUUUACGCAAAAAGAAGAAGAUUUACUGGCAUAAAGAGAUUGAGGAAUACAU